AUGAUCUUAGCCGGAAUAGAGGACGAAGACAAAUGGCUAGCAGAAGCAAUCGCCGGCAUUCAACACAACGCCUUUUACAUGCAUCGCGCUUUGGACGCAAACAAUCUCCGAGACGCUCUCAAAUGCUCUGCUCUAAUGCUAUCAGAGCUUCGAACUUCUAAACUCUCUCCGCACAAGUACUACGAUCUUUAUAUGAGAGCGUUUGAUGAAUUGAGGAAACUAGAGAUGUUUUUCAAAGAUGAGAGUAGACAUGGCGUUUCAAUUGUUGAUUUAUACGAACUUGUGCAGCAUGCUGGCAAUAUAUUGCCUAGACUGUAUCUACUGUGUACGGUAGGAUCUGUGUAUAUCAAAUCGAAGGAGGUUCCAGCUAAGGAUGUGCUUAAGGAUCUUGUCGAGAUGUGUCGUGGUGUUCAAAAUCCGAUUCGUGGAUUGUUUUUGAGAAGUUAUCUUGCUCAAGUUAGUAGAGAUAAAUUACCGGACCUUGGGUCUGAGUAUGAAGGAGGUGAGGACACAGUAAUGGAUGCUGUAGAAUUUGUGCUGCAAAACUUCACCGAGAUGAAUAAACUUUGGGUUCGGAUGCAGCAUCAGGGGCCUGUUCGGGUUAGGGAGAAGCUGGAAAAGGAAAGAAGCGAGCUUCGUGAUCUUGUAGGGAAGAAUCUCCAUGUUCUUAGUCAAAUAGAGGGUGUUGACCUUGAAAUUUACAGAGAAACCGUUCUUCCCAGAGUUCUAGAGCAGGUUGUCAACUGUGAUGAUGAGCUUGCGCAGUAUUAUUUAAUGGACUGCAUGAUUCAAGUCUUUCCUGAUGAGUACCACUUGCAAACCCUUGAGACAUUGUUGGGGGCCUGUCCCCAGCUACAGCAAACAGUUGACCUUAAGACAGUGCUAUCACGGUUAAUGGAAAGAUUGUCCAAUUAUGCUGCUUCAAGUCCGGAUGUUUUACCCGAGUUCCUGCAAGUAGAAGCUUUUGCUAAAUUGAGCAGUGCUAUUGGAAAGGUGAUUGAAGCGCAGGUUGACAUGCCUAUUGUUGCGGCUGUUACUUUGUAUGUGUCUCUGCUCACAUUUACACUCCACGUUCAUCCUGAACGGCUUGAUUAUGUGGAUCAAGUACUGGGGGCAUGUGUUAAGAAGCUCUCUGGUAAGCCAAAGCUUGAAGAUAGCAGAGCAACAAAACAAAUUGUUGCACUUCUGAGUGCUCCAUUAGAAAAGUACAAUGACAUUGUCACUGCCUUAACACUGUCUAAUUACCCUCGUGUCAUGGACUGUCUUAAUGAUGUAACAAACAAAGUCAUGGCAAUGGUUGUUAUUCAGAGUAUUAUGAAAAAUAACACUUGUAUUUCUACUGCUGACAAGGUCGAGGUGUUGUUUGAACUAUUAAAAGGGCUAAUAAAGGAUUUGGAUGGGACUGCUGUGGAUGAGCUUGAUGAAGAGGAUUUCAAUGAAGAACAAAAUUCUGUCGCUCGCCUAAUACAUAUGCUUUAUAAUGAUGAUUCUGAGGAAAUGUUGAAGAUUAUCUGCACUGUGAAGAAGCAUAUAAUGGCUGGAGGACCAAAACGAUUACCUUUUACAGUUCCUCCUCUCGUAUUUGCUGCACUCAGGUUGGUGAGAAAGUUGCAAGUUCAGGAUGGAAAUGUAGGAGGGGAAGAAGAUCCUGCAACACCUAAGAAAAUUUUUCAGCUCCUGAAUGAGACAAUUGAGGCUCUUUCGUCGGUUCCCUCACCUGAGCUGGCAUUAAGGUUAUACUUGCUAUGUGCUGAGGCUGCCAAUGACUGUGAUCUUGAGCCAGUUGCUUUUGAAUUUUUUACACAGGCAUUCAUAUUAUAUGAAGAAGAAGUUGCAGACUCCAAGGCUCAGGUGACUGCAAUACAUCUAAUAAUUGGGGCUCUCCAGAGGAUGAAUGUAUUUGGUGUUGAGAACAGGGACACUCUAACACACAAGGCCACAGGAUAUUCUGCAAAGCUUUUGAAGAAACCUGAUCAAUGCAGAGCAGUCUACGCAUGCUCACAUCUAUUUUGGGUUGAUGAUCAGGAUGGCGUCAAGGAUGGGGAAAGGGUCCUGCUUUGCCUCAAGCGUGCCUUGAGAAUUGCCAAUGCAGCUCAGCAGAUGGCCAAUGCAACAAGGGGUACCAGUGGGCCAGUCACGCUGUUUGUUGAAAUAUUGAACAAGUACCUGUACUUUUUUGAGAAAGGAAACCCGCAGAUAACUAGCACUGCAAUCCAGGGGCUGGUAGAAUUAAUAACUAGUGAAAUGCAAAGUGACUCCACCACACCAGAUCCAGCCUCAGAUGCCUUCUUUGCCAGCACAAUUCGGUACAUUCAGUUCCAGAAACAAAAGGGAGGUCUUAUGGGCGAGAAAUUUGGGCAUAUCAAGGUGUAA